AUGGUCGUAUUGGGCCACUAUUCAGUUGGAAAGUCAUCAAUUGUACUGAAUUUUGUUAAGAAUGAGUUCAACCCAAACGAGGAGUCAACCAUUGGUGCAGCAUUCCUGACAAAAACAGUUUUUAAUAAGGGUAAUGCAAUCAAAUUUGAGAUUUGGGAUACUGCAGGCCAAGAGAGAUACUACUCGUUGAUACCAAUGUACUACAGGGGUGCACACGUUGCAUUGGUGGUGUAUGACGUAACAUCCAAUGAGUCAUUUGAACAGGCCAAGAAAUGGAUCAGGGAUUUGAAGGUUGAGAAACCUGAAAACUUUCUCAAGGUUCUUGUUGCGAAUAAAACAGAUUUAGAGAAUGAGAUGAUUAUUACAGAGGAGAUGGGUCGCAAGUACGCAGAGGAAGAAGGCAUCGCAUUCCAUCAGACAUCAGCAAAAACAGGAAAGAAUAUUAAGGAAAUGUUUCUUGCAAUUUCUGAGAAGUUACCAAAGGAACAGGCCAGAAGAGCACAGGAAAGUGAGCUACUCAAAAGAAGGAAAGACAACUUCUUCUGCUGCUGA